GCACCAGAGCAGUUAGUUUCCUCUCCGGGAGCCGUUAGUUUCUUCUCCGGGAGCCGUUUCCUGUUGAACCUGGUGAAGAGUCGAACAUGUGUCCGUCGACAGAAGCAGCUUAAAGUCUGUGAGGUUGAGUUUGAGCAGCAGCGACGUGGAUUUGUGCAGGAAACAGGUGAAGACGGACUGCGAGCUGCUGCUGAGCCGCUUCCAGCAAACACAGUCCGUCCGCUUCGAGGUCUUCUCCGGCAUCUGGAGGGACGUGAACUUCUCACACAUCUUCUGGUGAUUGGCAGGAGGAGGAGAGUCUGACGGAGGAGCAGAGGAACGUUGUCAGACUUUUUGUCUGAGUUCAACAACGGAGGAAACAUGGAUUCUUCACAAGAAAAACAUGACAACAGCAAUGGAGUGAGACGUCAGAACUCUGAGGAUAACGACGGUUCCCCAACAACAACAAACAGAGAUGAAUCACUCAGUUGUGAGCAAUGUGGCAAGACUUUUAUCACACAAACCAAUCUAAGAAUUCACCAUUGUUUUCACACUGUGGACGGACCUUUCAGUUGUGAUCAGUGCGAGAAGACUUUUACUGACAAGUGUAAUUUAACAAGACACCAACUCAUUCACAGUGGAAUUAGACCAUUCAGCUGUGGUCAGUGUGGGAAGACUUUUACUCGGGUACAACAUUUAAAAGACCAUCAAGUCAUUCACAGUGGCCGCAAGCUGUUCAGCUGUGAUCAGUGUGAGAAGACAUUUACUCUAAUUGGUAAUUUAAAAUCCCAUCAAGUCAUCCACAGUGGAGUUAGACCAUUCAGAUGCGAUCAGUGUGGAAAGAAAUUUACUUUCAAGAGUACGUUAAGAAACCAUCAACUCAUUCACACUGGAGUUAAACCAUUCAGCUGUGAUCAGUGUGGGAAGGCUUUUACUCGGGUGCAUCAUUUAAAAGACCAUCAACUCACCCACAGUGGACGUAAUCUGUUCAGUUGUGAUCAGUGUGGGAAAACUUUUACUCGGUUGAAUAAUUUAAAAGACCAUCAACUCACCCACAUUGAAGUUAGACCAUUCAGCUGUGGUCAGUGUGUGAAAACCUUUACUCCAAAUGAGCAGUUAUUGAUCCAUCAAUGCCCCCACUCUGGUAGAAAACUGUACCACUGUGACUCCUGUGAAAAAACUUUCAAGCACCAACGGAGCCUAAAAUCUCACCAACGCAUCCACACUGGACAUGAUGUGUACAUAUGUGAUCACUGUGGCAAACCAUUUUUACGGUACGCACAGUUAAAAGCCCAUGAAGUGACCCACACUGGGGUGAAACCGUACCACUGUGACAAGUGUGGGAAAGGCUUUAACUACAUUGCCACCUUCAAAACUCACCAACGUGUCCACACUGGGGAGAGACCAUACAGAUGUGAUGUGUGUAAUAAGACUUUUACAACUUCAGGUUCCCUGAAACAACACCAACAGAUCCACACCAGGAAGAAAACAUCCAAUCAAUGUCACAGUGAGCAGAGCAGCACAGAUGGACAAAACUCUCAGACUUGUCAGCACUCUGCCAAUGGUGAACAGUGCUGUUGUGACCAGUCUGGACCAACAUCCAACCAACAAGGAACCCUACAAUGACACCAGCAGAUGCUCACUGGACACAAACUGAACCUCUGCCAAGAAGAUUUCUCCAUGCCAGGUCCAGUGAAAGUUCAUGAAGUCCUUGAGAUCAGGCUUCAGCAAAUUCCAGUUCAAUCUCAUAUUGAGUGUUUUUGUUAAGGUUGCACUUGAUUAGUCAUAUUUUAAUAAUUUCUUUUUUCUGUUUUCUGAUGGGGUUUCCUUAAUUUCGACUUGUAAAAAAAAAAAAAAAAAUAAAUAAAUAAUAAAAAUAGAUCAGCACUUACAUUGUCUAUAAAGACUAUUCACCCCCCUUAGAAGUUUUCCCCUUGUCAUUGCUUUUGAACAGUAAAUCAUGAGAGGCCACCAAGACACCUAUGACUCCUCUGAAGGAGUUCCAGCUUCAGCAGCUGAGAUGUUAGAGACUGUUUAUACAACAACUGUUGUCUGUUCUUCACCAGUCAAAGCUUUAUGGAGACAAAGAGAAAGACUCUGUUGGAAAAAGAGAAGGGGUGGGGGCUUUUGAGUAUCCCCACACCUGCCCAGCACAUCUCACCCUGGGCAAGUCUGGAAAAGGAGAGUCCAACCCCUCUCCAGGACUUUGGUUUUGGAACCCUUGCUGUGCGUGGAGGUGAGCCCAAUUUUAUCUAGCCGGUUCCGCUCCACCUCCCACACCAGCUCAGGUUCCUUCCCCACCAUUGAGGUGUUGUUCCACAUCCCCAGAGCUAGUCUACGCCACCUGGGGUGGUGCGCCAAGGUGCCCAUUCCUCCCUACUGCCCCGUGGGCAUAGCACCUCACCCCGAUUUCCGGCCUGGCAAGUGGUGGGACUACUGGGUGGCGGCCGCAUGUUACUUCUUCGGGCUGUGCCCAACCAAGCCCCACGGGACCCCAAGGCUCGGCCACCAGAUACGCUCUGACGAGCGCUCCCUGAGGCUUGGCUCCAGGGAAAGGCCCUGGUAUCCCUAACCCGGGCAAGGUAGCGGCUUCACCUUUUUGUGCUUUUAUUGGGUUAACCACUGCCCCGACACCAGUCUCGCCACGUCAUUCCAACUGAAGGCACCUGAGCAGUGCACCGCAGCUGAGGUUCAGGAGCAUUUGGAUUGUCACAUGAGAAAUGUGAGGAGGACCGCAACCCAAUGGGUUCAGAUUGUACAGUGGGGUUUUCUGCUUACAGUCAGUUCCCUGUGAGUGAUUCCCUUUUCCAUUUCAGUCCUGGCAUGUCCCAGGCUGUCUCAGCAGCAUGCCAUCCACAGCCUCCGCCUACCUCUCUGCCUCCUUUUGCCUUGGCCUGCCUAGGUCGGAUGAGAUGAUGGUGAGCCCUCACAAGCCUGCUGCCUUGACUCUGCCCCCUGUUGCUGUCCCUGAACUGACUCCUGCUGCUGUUGUCCAACCAAGCUCCGAGCCUGGUGUUCAACAGGUUGUUGCUAUGUUUGACAAAGUGUUGUCCUUGUGCAGUGCUUCCCUGGCAACCAGCCAAAGGGCAGGCGACCAUUGUCCAGUCACCUGCCAACCGACCCAUUGUCAGCCUGGCCGUUCCCAUAACCAGCAGCACCCUGAGCCCUUCACAUGCAGAGCUUGUGGUUCCACUGACAACUCAACCCAUGCACACUGCAGACUGUACAGACUGUGUCUCAACUGCUUAGGCCCUGGUCACAUUAGACAAGUUUGCCCACAGAUCCUCUGUUUCACACUGUGAUGUGAAUGUGUGUGACUAUGAUGCCUAUGUGCAGUCCCUUUUGGAAGAUCUGCACUGUGCCAUGGCGCUGGCCCAGAAGAAUUGCACAGCUGAGCAGAGACGGUGUGAUCAGUCCACCAGACGUGUCAAAGGUUAACUUCUGUCUGUCGGUGAUCAGGUGCUGCUGGCGAACAAGUGCAUCAGAGGGAAACAUAAGCUUCCUGAUAAAUGGGAGCCCACUGUCUACACUGUAGUGGCUGCAAAAUCCACCUUGCAUACCUACCAGAUCAGCGAUGGCGAUGGAUAUGAACGGAUCGUUCACCUAAAGCUGCUGCUCCAGGUCAACUUCUUGCCUCUGACUGGAACAUUGGUUGAUGAUGUUGUUCCUGCAUCUGUGCCUGCUUCUGGUGUGACUGAUGCCCCUCCUCUGUCUGCUUGGUGUGAACUGAGAUGUCUGAGUUGGAUACUGCAGCCGCGACAGUUGUAAGCUGAGCUGACUCCCUCUCAUGUGUUAGUGACUGAGAUGAUGGCCGUACUGCCUCGUGGGUUUGUGAGCAGUCCUCCCCUGAAGGGUCCCUUGGUCUGGGCAGUCCACCAAUUCCCUGUGUUGUGGCCUCCCCUGUUUCGGAUGUUACUGCCUCUGUUGUGCAAUCUGCUCCUCCACUCUAUUCAUCACCUUCAUUCCUUAAAUCCAUCACAUCCAUUCCUUAAACCAGUGUGUCGGUUGAAUGAAACCAUGACCCAACUUGAGUCCAUUUUAAGGGUUGAGCAAACAUCGCAGCCUGUCAUCGAUGUGUGAAACAUACACGUCAAUGAUUUUUUUUUUUUUUUAAGUAUUUUCCUCUUCUGUGUCAUGUUCUUUACCCUCUCUUUAUGCUGUUCUGGUAAUGCACUGUUGCAUGGAAACCAUUCAUGUGUAAUGUAUAAGGCACCUCAUUUUGUCUCAGGAGUGUUAUGAUUUUUGUUUGGUGCCAGGCAGAACUCUACUCCUCUUAUCAUUUGAUAGGACGUCUGUAUUGUUGGUUAAUUCUGUUUUGUUGUGUAUUUCUGUUAUGGCCAGUGGUUGUAAAUGUGGACUGUUACUCUACAUACCUAUAAUAUUGUCUUAGUAAUAUAUAAUAUACCAUAUAUAUUUUAUUUUAUUAUUUUGUUGUUGUGAUUAUGUUUCCUGUUAUAAUUACACAAAGUUUAGUCUGCCUCUCAGUUGUUGUGUGGAACCUUCGCUGGGGGUCCCUGUACCCCUACGUACACUUUUGGCCACCACACCCUGUCUGAUAACUGAGUUUUUCCUUCCUUACAUCUUCUGUUUUGUUUAUGUGUUCUGUGAGAGAGGUAAGUGAGAUUGUGAUGUUGUAAUUUGUGCGUUUUAAUGUGAUGUAAUUCUACCUUUAAGUUCGCUUUCCCAGUCUAAUGUGGUUUUGUGUUAUUUAAUUUCUGAAGGAGUACAAGUCUUGCAAAUUGACAGAAGAUCUCAUGUGUUUUUUAUUGGCUCUCAAGGCUGUCAAGGCUGUAAUAAAUGGAGAUCGCCUCCAAAAAAGA